GUUAUUUUAUUUUUAAUGUGUCCUCCUUGUAAGUAUACAUAAGUACUGAGUAUAAUAUUAAUUAACUAGAUGUAUUUACUCUGUGGUUAGCUCCGCCCACUUUCACAUCCGCGACUUGAUUGACAUUCCACUCUGUUCUGUUCUGUUUCUGUGGUUGUGAUCUAAAAAUGACAUCAUGAUCCCGAGCAGAGAAAGAGGCGGAGCCUGAACACACACACACACACACACACACACACACACACACUGCUCUGUGCGGCUGUGCUUCGGUCGGAUCCCGGCUCUGAUGUGUUUACGGCGGGAUGUGAGCUCGGUGUCGGUUCCGUUAUGUUUGAUGCCAGUGUUUGGCGGAUCCGCAGCAUCCGGGACUCUGUGAGACUCGAGAUCUGCGACGAACCGAGUCCUGCGGUGCUGAACCGAUUCACACAUCUGGAUCCGGACACUCCUCAUCUGGAGAAUGCGAGUCAGGAGAUCGGUGAGGAGGUGGAGGACGGCGCUGUGUUCAGCAUCUCUCUGAGGAAGGUCCAGAUGUACCAGUCGUCCAGUAAGAGUCAGCGCUGGAUGGGUGUGGACUCGGACUCGGGUCUCAGUCUGUACGAGACGUGUAAGCUGCGCACCAUCAAAGCAGGAACUCUGGAGCGUCUGGUGGAGUACAUGGUCACCGCCUUCAGAGGAAACGACUCCACCUACGUCACCAUCUUCCUCUGCACCUACAGGACCUUCGCCACCACCAAACAAGUGCUGGACCUGCUGCUCAACAGAUACGCCAAACUGCAGCCGGGGUCAGAGGUGCGCAGAAUGACCCCUGAUGAGCGGACGGAGCUCAGGAACACCGUCUCCUCGAUCCUCGGCGCCUGGUUGGAUCAGUACUCUGAGGACUUCUGGAAGCCUCCGGACUACAGCUGUCUGAGACGCCUGAUCCAUUACCUGCAGCUCAGCUUCCCCGGGUCGGAUCUGGAGCGCCGCGCCUGUAACCUGCUGAGCCAGUUCCACCGCAGACUCCAGCAGGAAUCAGACCGAGACGUGCUGGAUCAGUGCUGUGCCUUCGCUCUGCUGCAGGAGAACGGAUUCCACGAGGAACGACCCGACUUCCUGAACUUUGACCCCACUGUGGUGGCAGAGCAGUUCACACUGAUGGAUGCAGAGCUGUUCAAGCGGGUCGUGCCGUAUCACUGUCUGGGAAGCAUCUGGUCUCAGAGAGAUAAGAAAGGGAAGGAACAUCUGGCGCCGACCAUCAGAGCCACGGUCAGCCAGUUCAACUGCGUCACCAACUGUGUGAUCUCCACCUGCCUGAGUGACCGGACGCUCAAACCUGCCCACAGAGCCCGCAUCCUGGAGCACUGGAUCCAAGUAGCCAGAGAGUGUCGGAUCUUGAAGAACUUCUCGUCUCUGCGUGCGAUUCUGUCGGCGCUGCAGUGUAACCCGGUUCACCGGCUCAAGAAAACAUGGGACGAAGUGUCACGAGAAAACAUCCGCAUCUUCCAGGAGCUGUCAGAGAUAUUCUCUGAUGAGAACAACCACUCGCUGAGCCGAGAACUGCUGAUAAAGGAGGGAACAUCCAAAUUUGCAACUCUGGAGAUCAAUCCUAAGCGAGCGCAGAGACGACAGCAGCCUCAGAGAGAUCUGACUGUGAUGCAGGGGACGAUUCCUUACCUGGGAACCUUCCUGACGGAUCUGGUCAUGAUGGACACGGCCAUGAAGGACUAUCUGGACGGAGGCCUGAUCAACUUUGAGAAGAGAAGGAAGGAGUUCGAGGUCAUCGCUCAGAUUAAACUGUUACAGCUGGCGUGUAACAAUUACAAUUUCAAGCGUGUGGCAGGAUUCAGUGUGUGGCUCUCCGGCGUGGAGAAGCUCUCGGAGGCUGAGAGCUACAGUCAGUCGUGUGAGAUCGAGCCGCUCUCUGAAUCCGCCUCCAACACGCUGAGAGCCAAGAAGAGCUCAGGAAUCAUGAAGAGAUGGAGCGAGUGA